AUGGAGUCGGCUACCAAACAUUCAGGAAUUCUCGAUCUCCCUGGCGAGGUACUCUUAAUGAUAUUCGAGGAGUUCAAAAACUUUUAUCAGGAUCCCAACAUGAGGAACACGCGUAUCUACAAAAAUCGGAAUAUCGUGAAUGUGCGUCUCACUUGCAAAAAAUUCUGCAGCGUCAGCUCCCAUCUGCUUCUGGAUUCCGUCAACGUCGAAAUAAACUUACGUUCCGUUCAACGAUUCCAGGAUAUAUCGAAACAUCCUCUCAUAGCCCGCGGGGUGCGGUCAAUACGUAUCUUACUACACUACCAUAGUGGUUCCUUAGCUGAAAACCUGAGUACCUAUGGAAUUCAUCAAGCGCAAAGGAUAAGGGAUAUCGUUCGUGCCUUGGAAUCAAUAAUAAAUAGAGAUUAUGAACUGUACACGGAGAUCUCCUUAAACCGAAUGCGCGAAGAAUGCCACCAAGGGUUAAAGAUAGCUGAGGCAUGGCAACAUCUAGGGCAAAGUAACGAUGAGGGGCUGUUCGAGCGCAUGGCUCGGUCGGGCUACGACAUAUACCGAUCACUUUACGAAGAGCAGGAACUUCUGCGGGAGCAACGACGUUUUAGUCGGCAUGUGGCUGAGGGAAUAGCCAGAAUGUCUGGUGUCCGACAACUAGAAUUCUACGACAUCCCUGAGUCCCGCUACGAAUACACUUCCAUCUCUGAUUUGAUGGAACAUGAUAAAAUAAUGAACAUGUUGGUCUCACCAUUAUCAUGGAAGGAAGGAGACGAUUACAGACCAGCAUCGCCACCUUGCGAGAUCGUUUUUGAUCUACCACUAGCACUCCGUGAACUUAGGGUCCAGCUCACCAGCCUUCGGAUCGCCGCUGCAUUAUAUAGGCCAGAAAUAAAUGUACCAAGCCAAGAGCGCUCGGCCGAUUUAACGGCCGCAAUGCAGAGCCUGAGGACGUUCACAUAUGCGUGCAACAGCAUCCACCGUCGGCCACCAUGGACGCUAACAUACCAUUAUAUCUUAGCUGCGUUGAAUAAUUCAAAUAUCGAAGAGAUCUACAUAAAUUACUUCUCAGUGACAAUGGAAUGUCUUUUUGAUCAAAUGAUUCCGCGAAGAGAUUGGCCGAGCCUGAAGAAAGUAGAGCUGAGAUAUUGUUACUUUCACACGGGAUGUCUAAGCCGAUUUUUAAAUGGUUGUAAUCCGGCUGUCUUUAAGUACCUGGGUCUUCAUUCAAUGACUUGGAGCGGUGGAGCUGAUGUCCUGGGUAUUCUAAAGAGCUCUUGUCUGGACCAUUUCUUUAUUAGAUAUGACGCGAUGGGUCAAGAGAGCCUAGUUCUUAAUAACGAACAGCCUAGAUGGCUAGUCGAAAAAGAGAGCAAUGGCUUCCGAUUCCGGAGGCAGCCUAACAUAUAUUCUGUAGCGAGAGGAACCUUCUGA